AUGUGUGGCACUGAAGUAGUUUUAGUGUUCUUGCAACAUCGAGUGCAGCCGCUAAUGUCUCGACCCCACCAGUUAUGGCUUUAUACUGACAAGUGCGACAAGUCAAGGAUCAGCUCCGCCGACCUGUCGGCAGAUGAGCUUCGGGACGAGGCCUCCUCCGUCGUUCAAUGCUAUCUUCCCACACCGGAAAGCGGCGUGGAACCAGAGGAUGAUGAUGACGAUUCCGAAGGGACCGAGGACGUCCAGCAGGUCUUUGAGGACAGCAAUGUCCAGGAGGACGACACUGUCGAGGAAGCCGCUUUCACCAGGAGCAAGCGUCGCUUGCAGAUAGACGAGGAUUUUAUUACGACGGGUGAAUCUAGUCCCAGCGACAAAGAUAAUGAUGCCGUUGGAGCUUCUCCGCCUUCUCCUGCCGACAAGGGGCCGUCAGGCUUCUUUGCAACCGAAGAUGACCUGGAACUCUCUGAUGAUGAUCAUGUUCCUCUCGCAAAGAGGGCUAAAUUGUCUGCUGAGAGAACGGCAUCAGCUAAGGAGCCGAAUCCUUCUCCUGCCGAGUCGACGCCUCCCACGAGGACGGCCGUGGAAAAAAUUCCAGUGUCGAAGGUUAUUCCUCCUGGCGAUGCUCCUACUUCGCCGGCUGCUCGCGACCACCGCUGCCACCCCUUCCCUCAAUCCACCUACCACCGGCGCCCCCUGAGCAACGCCACCACCCACCGGCGGCCGCACAAGGUCGUCGCCAGGGAGGCAGACGGCUCCGUCAAGUUCGGACAGGGCGAGGGCUCUGCCUACCUCUUCGACCCGGACAUCUACACCGACGGCAGGAUCUCCGUGCAUGGCAUCGACGUCGUGCUGCUCCCGGAGGACGACACCAAGCCCUCCACGCCCAUCACAGCCGCACCAGUCAGGAAGGCGCUCGCAGUCACCGGUACCAGCAGGAGCAAAUUCUGGCGAGAGGCUGAAAACGCCCAGCUUCGGAAGACUGUCAAAUCUUCGGCUGAUCAAGUGCUGGAGGCCAACAGGCUUUCCUCCGAUGCCAAGAAGGAAAAUGCCUUGCUGAAGGAGGAGCUGUCGAAGCUGAAGCAGCAGAUGAAGGAUGAACAGGAAGCCAGGCGUGCGACAGUGGUUGCAGUCGAUAAGAAGGAAGGCGUCCUCCGCAAAUCCAUCAAGGAUUUAUUGGAAGCCGCCAAUAUAACCAUCACUCGACGCCAUCAGCUUCGGGAGGACUCCACAUCCGACGCCCUGUCGCUUGCUGCUGAGUCUAAUGUCCAAGUCCUCGGGCUUCUGCAAAAGACUAGAGGAGCAUUGUCGAGGCUGUACUCGAUGAUCUUCCCGAAGAUGAAGCAGGACAAGACUCUUGGCGAGAUGGCGGACGCUUUUCUCAUCGACUCUUCCGAGCCUGUGGAGAUCGCUUCAUCUUCUUCUCGUGCCGAGCUUUUCUCAAAUCCUUCGACUAACAAUGAAUCUGACCUUGUUCACCACUUACGUGACCAAGUGUCUCGUUUAAAUAAAGACAUUACUUCUCUUCGGGCCAUGGCAGCGUUGGUGAAGAAAAAGGGCGAAAUAGCAACUGCUAUUGAGAAAUAUGCUCUCGAUGGUCUCCAUGUCGCCACUGAAAGUUUGGGCUUUGUAACUUCAGAUAAAUCCGAGGAGAACAGGAAGAUCCAUGAAAAGGUCGAGGCGAUGACUGAUAAAAGAAACUGGACGAUACAUUGGAAAACGGGGAUCGAAAGCUCGUGGUCGACCUUGGCUGGCAGCCUCCUCGCCGGCGCUGCUCCUCCCCGCCACUUCCGUGGUAGCCUCAGCUCGACGCGGAUGUUAGCGACCACACAAGAUGCACCUCACCAGCAUCUUGUGCCGGCCAAGCCCCGGCCGACCUCGCCGCCUCUGCCUCUCGUCGCCCAAGCAGCGUUGCCUGCUGCCGCCUACCUCCUGCCUUAG